CCCCACAUUCAAAAGAAUUCAGAAUUAACUCUUGGAGUAGGAAGUUGUAACAGUUUAUCAGUUUACUUGAGGGGAACUGGAUUAAUGAAUAGUAUUCAUUUUAACGGUUUAUCAACGCUGGUCCACAUUCCAGCAUAGCAGGUGGCAGCAAUACACCUUAACGUUGGUACCUAACCGCCAUUUAAAAAAAAAAAAAAAGAAAAAAAAAAAAAAAGAAGAAGAAGAAGGCGGGACUUCCGCUGCAGAGCUACCGGUCUGCGCUGUGAUUGGCUGAAAUAUGUGACUGUUGGACUGACGUUUCACAAGAGGGAAUUUUUCAAAUUGAGAAGAGGCGCUCUGUGAGAGAGCUGACCAACAACAAUGCAGAGACCAGGCAAAGGUAAGACUCCUCGGAGGCUUGGCCCAAAGAAGGCAUCCAACAUAGAGAAAGAUCCUGUUGGAGUAUACUGCCGUAUACGACCACUUGGAGCAGGAGAUGAGGAAUGUUGUAUUGAGAUGAUCAGCAGCUCCACUAUUCAGCUGCAUGCUCCUGAUGGUCUUAAAGCCAACCGCAAUGGGGAAUACAAAGAGACACAGUACUCCUUUAAAAAAGUAUUUGGUAUUAAUACCACUCAAAUGGAGCUGUUUGAGGAUGUUGCCAAGCCACUGGUAGACGACCUUAUUCACUGUAAGAAUGGUCUGCUGUUUACAUACGGUGUUACUGGAAGUGGUAAGACCUUCACCAUGACCGGCUCACCUGGGGAAGGUGGACUCCUCCCUCGUUCUUUGGACAUGCUCUUCAACAGCAUUGGUCCCUUUCAGGCCAAAAGAUUUGUGUUUAAACCAGAUGACAAGAAUGGGAUGGAAAUUCAAGGUCAAGUUGAUGCUCUCCUGGAGAGACAGAAGCGAGACAGUCAGCAGUCAGUGCCCAAAACACCAUCUUCCAGGCAGAAGCCUGACCCAGAGUUUGCAGACAUGAUCAGCUCAGAGGAGGCAUGUAAAUCUGAGAAUGUGGAUGAAGACUGUUGUUACAGCGUCUUUGUGUCCUACAUCGAGAUCUAUAAUAACUAUAUUUAUGAUCUCCUUGAAGAUGCUCCGUUUGACCCAAUCAGACCAAAGUGGCUUGGCGGAGGCACACCUGUAAGGAACAAUGAGUUCAUACCGCCUCAAUCCAAGAUUCUCCGUGAAGAUCAGAAUCAUAACAUGUAUGUGGCUGGCUGCACAGAAGUUGAGGUAAAAUCUACGGAAGAGGCUUUUGAAGUCUUUUGGAAGGGACAAAAGAAAAGGAGAAUAGCCAACACUCAGCUCAACCGUGAAUCCAGUCGCUCCCACAGUGUGUUCACAGUAAAGCUGGCCCAGGCACCACUGGAUGCUGAUGGUGACCACAUUCUACAGGACAAAAACCAGGUGAAUGUGAGCCAGCUCUGUCUGGUUGACCUGGCAGGCAGUGAGCGCACCAGCAGAACCAGAGCAGAGGGAAGCCGUCUCCGUGAAGCAGGUAAUAUUAACCAGUCCUUGAUGACACUGCGCACGUGUAUGGAAGUCCUGCGUGAAAACCAGAUGUGUGGAACUAAUAAGAUGGUGCCAUACAGGGACUCUAAAGUUACACAUCUGUUUAAAAACUAUUUUGAUGGAGAAGGGAAAGUCAGGAUGAUUGUGUGUGUCAACCCAAACGCAGAUGAUUAUGAAGAAACUAUGCUGGUGAUGCGCUUUGCAGAGAUGACGCAGGAAGUGGAGGUGGCACGACCAGUAGACCGGCCAAUCUGUGGCCUUGCUGCAGGACGCAGGCACAGAAACCAGGCAUUCAGAGAUGAGUUUUCACGUCACUUGGAAGAGCGAGGAGGUCCUAGUAAUGCUGUAGAUGACCCAGCUCUGCUGAAUCAGCUCAUAGAGAGCCUUCCAGCCCUGCCUCCUUGUGAGCUGGUGGACCCAGAUGAUGAUCGGACGCUGCCCCGCCUGAUUGAAGUCCUGGAAACGAGGCAUCGUAUUCGUCAGAUGAUGACAGACCAGUUCAACAAAACUGCCAGUACACUGAAGUGUAUGCUUGAGCAGUUUGACAGUCAGAUCAACGCAAAGGAGACCUACCUGCAUGAUCAACAAAGCAAACUGAGCCAGAAAGACAAAGUCAUCAUCAACCAGAGGACGGAGAUGGAACGAUUAGAGAAAAAAUCUAAAACCUUGGAAUACAAGAUCGAUAUCCUGCAAAAGACAACAGACAUGUAUGAGCAUGAUAAACGCUCACUUAAGCAGGAGCUGGAGACGCGUGAGCAGAGGCUACAGAGAGAGCUGUCAGAGAGGAGGCGCAUGGAGCAUCGCAUGCAGGGCAUGGUGACAGACACCAAACUCAAGUGGGAGAAAGAGUGUGAAAGACGAGUGAACGCAAAGCAGCUGGAGAUGCAGAACAAGUUGUGGGUGAAAGAUGAAAAAUUGAAGCAGCUCAAGGCCAUAGUGACAGAGAGCAGCAGCAGUGGCGGCUGUCUCACUGGGCGCCCAGAGAAGCCUGAGAGGCCCUCAAGGGAGAGAGACCGUAACAACGCCCAGAAGAGAUCUGCCUCACCAUCACCACUUCCUGACUUGAGCCAAACCCCUUCUCACCAAAAACGAGGCAAUGUUAGGGCAGUUCAAGAAGCUUACCCCACCUCCUCUUCCACUACCUCCUCUACCUCCUCUUCAUCUCUACGUUCAGUGGCCUCCUGCGUCUCCGAGUGGGAGCAGAGGUUCCCUAUAGACUCAAGCAGCCAGACUAGGUACCCUGGGACUCCCCAGUACAGGAGCCGGACUCCCGCCCAAUGCCACGGCACCAGCAGUGUGGGUCGCAGGAGAGGCCAACACUGGGCCAAAGACACUGAGGCCUCUGCUACGACUCUUGUCUAUGGGCUAGACCUAGAGGCAGGCACAAGGACGGCCCCUCCAGUUCGUCCAAUGCACAGGCGCUCACACUCUGCGGGUGGGGAGAAAUGGGUAGACCACAAACCACCUUCUAAUUUGGACCUAGACACUGUCAUGCAGCCAAUCAUACCCAAUGCAAUCAAAGUGUCAACCCCUAACGAGAAAGCUCUGUCUAAAUGCCACAAGUAUGUACUUAGACAUCAAGAGCUUGCCUCUGACGGGGAGAUCGAGACCAAACUGAUCAAGGGUAAUGUUUUUAAGACCAGAGGUGGAGGACAAGCUGUGCAGUUUACUGACAUUGAGACACUAAAACAAGAGUGCCCAAUAGCACCAAGUCGUAAGAGGCGAUCCGGGUCUGGAGAAGGACCGCUUCAAGUAGAGGACAUCGAAAACAGAGCUCCAGUGGCAAACACAAGUUCAAGCCAUGGCUAUCAAAAACGCAGGAAGCCUUAAGUUGCUGAACAUAUGAAGGGACUUUUUUUUUUCGUCUUGGAAACAUGCAAGAUGUGUCAUUACAAUUGGAGCGGUGAAGGGACCACCAUGUGGAACUAUGCAUCCUUUUUGAGAACCAGAGCAUUUUUCUCUUGUAUCUGAUGUUAUUACAAAUUAUUAUGGUGCAAUUAUAAUUGAAUCAUAGCCAACAAGAUAUUGAUUAAUGAAGAAUAUUUCAGUUGAAACUUUCUAUGCGUUUUCGUUUUGGAAUACUACAAUUAUUACUUCUUAAAGACAUGGACAUAUUAAAAAGCCCAAUAUGAAUAUUUUGUGAUAAAUGUAAAGUUUUAUUAUUUAAUCUUUUUCACAGCUUUUUACUGCUUCCCAAAGAUUAGAAUAUAUGAGCUUUAGAAAAUGUUCGUUUUUUAUAGUGUCCCUGCCUUUUUUUUAUUUUAAUUUUUUUUGAAAGGAUUAUUAAUUUACAUUAAUAUUAUGACUGAAUACAUAAAACAGAGUACAGAACAAAAUUGUUUUAGAAUUCCUAUGUGUAGAGCUUCAGCUGUAAAUAUAGAGCUGUUAAGUAGAUUUUGCUGAAACAAUCUCUGACCACCUGUAAAUAAGUAUUAUGAAGCUUUUUACUUCAAUUUGUUGAAACAACUCCUGAGAUGUGUAGCACACUGCUCUUAUUGGUGGCAUUAAAUUUAUUCUAACACCAAAUCUUGUCAUAAUGAUUUCUUAAUCCAUGACAGAAUUUAAAGUCUCCAUUUUAAAGUCUGGGACAUUAUUAUUAUUAUUUUUUUUUUACUAAUCUGAGGGUUUAUUUCAGUUAAUCUUAAUUUUUAAGCAGUUUUAAAUUAAGUAGUGGUAUUGGAAGUGUCUUUACAUAUUUGAUCAGAGUAGAAGGAAACAAGGCAAACAAAAUAAAUGCUAUUUAUUUAGCUUGUUGAAUUUUUUUUUAUUUUGACUAAAUGAAAGCAAAAUGUAUUUUUUGAAUAAAAUCCCAACUCUGAGGAGAUUAGCAUGAAUUGCAUGUGUUAUUGUGGGAUUUCCUGUCAAUAAAUUGUAUAAAGAGGUCAAAGCUAGAGGUCAAACACACAUUUCCUCCUCCUUUUUUGUCACAGUGGCCCACUCAGCUCUAAGUCAAAGGCUCACUUUGAGGCUAAGCACACAGUUGCCCUGCUGAAAAGUAGACACUUUCUGCCUGUUUCUACCACAUAUUUAGUCUGUCAACAGGUGAGAAAUGUCAAACCACACUACUAACCAUGCAGAUGUGUACACUAGCAAGUCUAUGUUUUUUCUCAUCACUGCUAAAAUCCUGUGGACUGGGUCUGUGCUUGUAUUCUGGAUGUGUAAAAUUUCACCAAUGCGUUUCAGAUGCUUUGAGGAUAAUGGUGUCGAGAACAACCAUCUGUCUUUGAAUUUGUGCUGUCCUAAUACAAAGUGAUAAUUCUGAAUGAUAAAG